CACCUGGGAGGACAGGGGGCGGGGACAGCACGCGCCAGGGCCCGCCCCUAAUAGUGCACGGACCAAUCACAGAGACAGAUCUUCAUCAUCUCUGACAGGUGCGCAUCACCUCUGUGACGCCUCAUCGCCGUGCUCGCAGGUGAGAGGGGCCCACAAAGUGACCUUCCCAGUGACGUCAUGACGCUCCUGUCCCGCCGCAACGUCAAACUGGACUCGUUCCUGCAGCGGAACUUGGAGCCGGACGUGUACGCGCGGAUCCGCGCCUACGAGCCGUGCGUGGUGGUCUCGCCCGCGCGCAACAAGGUCUACAUGCACGCGGUGCUGAGCGACGAGCGCGUGUACGUGGCGGAGUACAGGCCGCGCACGCUCGCGAGCGCCGUCGGCUUCGGGAGCGUGCGCGACAUCCGACUGAUCAACGACCUGCCGGACUUCCUGCGCGGGAACAGCAGUGCGCAGAGUCAACAUAUAAGAAUAACUUACGUGCUCCAGAAAACUGCCGCCAAGGAUCCUCAUUGGCUCAGACGACAGGGGGCGGGGCUUCUUCCUGCAUCCACUCCUCGGAACUUGGAGCCGGGCGUGUACGCGCGGAUCCGCGCCUACGAGCCGUGCGUGGUGGUCUCGCCCGCGCGCAACAAGGUCUACAUGCACGCGGUGCUGAGCGACGAGCGCGUGUACGUGGCGGAGUACAGGCCGCGCACGCUCGCGAGCGCCGUCGGCUUCGGGAGCGUGCGCGACAUCCGACUGAUCAACGACCUGCCGGACUUCCUGCGCGGGAACAGCAGUGCGCAGAGUCAACAUAUAAGAAUAACUUACGUGCUCCAGAAAACUGCCGCCAAGGAUCCUCAUUGGCUCAGACGACAGGGGGCGGGGCUUCUACCUGCAUCCUCUCCUGUACAGCUGAAACCGAGUGAAGCGGACACAGACCCGUCCAAGACCCCCCGUCGGCGGCAGAAGUUGGACCAGGUGGUGAAGAAGUUUGGGAAGGUUCUCUCUCGCUUACGGACAGGCGACCAUGUGACCACGAGCAGUAGGUGGAAGGAGGAGGAGGAGGAGGAGGAGGAGGCGGAGCUCCAUCUCUACGCCAUCUCACGCACGUCCAAACUUUACCUCCACCUUCACAGCUGCUGGAACACUUUCAUUAUAAGGUCCACCCUGGCCUUUGAGGAACUUCACAGACCUUCAUCUGACUCCUCCCAGCAGUUACGACCCCCAACCAUCAGCUGGGAGCGCACGUCUCACCUGUACGACGACCUGAGCAGGGAGCUGCUGCGGAAAGGAAGCAGUGUUGAGAGCUUCUAUGUGCUUCUGCAGGAACUGAACGUGGCCGCCCGUCACCACGUCGCUCUACGUCACAUCUUCUGGAGGUGUGGGGAGGUGUGUGACUUUCUGGUUGAGUCUCUGGAGGAAUGUCUACAUGGCCGUCAGAAUGGACUUCACACGGUUGACCAGCUACUACUGAGCACUCUGAUCAUCCAAACGCUGGCCAUCAUGUUCCAAGAGACGGACACUGAAGCUGCCAGACUCGACACGCUCGCCACCAAAAAAGGUGCCUUGGCCUCCAGGAUGCUACUCUCUUUGGUUUGUGACCCCCAUAACACAUCUUCCACCAACCUGGAGUUCCAAGACAAAAGGUCCGACUACCUGGAUGCUGCCUGCUGGCUUCUCUUUGAGAUGAUGCAGAUGGGACACCAGGCCAACAGGUGUGGGGGACACUUCCUGUCUGUCAGCUGGACCCUGCAAGUCCUGCAGGACCACCCUCACAUGUCGUCCUUCCUUGCCUCCCAAGCCUGUCAGGUGGUCUUGGUUCUAUCGGACCUGCAGGAGUCCUUCCUCAGUCCUCUGCAGAGUGUCCUUUUGUUCCAGCGCUGCCGCCUCCUGCUGACCUUCCUGCAGCACAGCCACCAGCUGGCCCAGCACCUUCGAGCCCACGUCACAGAGGAGUUCAGGUACUUUGUGAAUCUGUCCAGCGCCCAAGAGAAGCUCCCACCUUACUACCCCAUCACCAAGACCGCCCUGCAAGCGCUGCAGCAGCUGGUUGCCUUCGUCCUGCACACACCUGAUGCAUGAACAUGCAUGUUUAUCAUCAUAAUAAAAAAUACAUCAAAUCAAGUUUACAUUGUACCCUAAUUACUAAGAGUGUAUGUAACAAAAGCUCCAGAAAAAUAUAUCCAUUUCCACCUUCCCCCCAGUCAAGGGGUUAUUGACCGAGUGCCCUGAUCACUACUGGUACAACUGUUACCUUUCUCUAAUUCUUCUUUCAGUUCUUGGUGUUUCUUGAGCUUUUCAUGUUCCUUUUUACAGAUGUUGCUGUUACCACCGCUGUCUUCUGAAGUUUAUCCACCACGAGAAUGUCAGGGUGGUUGGCCAUCAC